GCUGCAACCACGUGGAUACAACAUAUAACCUUCCCCAUGAAUCCUUCGUUGGCCAGGGUUUGCAGUUUGACCCUAGCUUUCGACUUUCUACCGAAGGACCUAGGAAUAUUUUAUUUCUAUAGAACCCCAGGAAGCCCAGUUCACAUGCCCCCCGUCACUUGCUUCACUUAGUCGACCGACUGAACAGCUGCAUCACACAACAUGAGUUCGACGAGUAAACACCCAUUACGCAAGUCUUGCGGCUUCUGUCGUUCUCGCAAGAUAAAAUGUUCUAACGAGACUAUCUGCGAAGCUUGCCGCAAGCAGGGUGUCGAUUGUAUAUACGACUUCGAACCCUAUCAAGCACCUUCACGAUACGUAUCUCGAUCUCAGCAGCAAACGGACACCAGGGCAGAUCGACAAAGUCCCAAUCCAGGUUUUGUCGAGAAAGAUGGAGGAUCCCCCGACGCAGUGUUAGCUGCCUCAACCAAUAUCGCAUCGGAGCUAGAAACAAUCUUCUUGGAGAACUUCUCGGGGCGGAGUAAUAGGACAAAUUCGGAUAACUGGCAGCAGAAGGCAUCGAUCCCUCGCGGUUCGCCAAACACUAACCAUCCUAUUCCGAGCUUCGGCUCGCAUACCGCGAAAUAUACCGGUCUGCUCUCUUUACUUACAGAAGACCUUGUUGCGAUGGUUGUAAACAAGCUUGGGAGUCUAGGAUGCCAAGUAAUGGAGAACGGCGGAGCUAAGUUUUUAGUUGACGGACUCGAAGAGGACCGCACAGAUACCAUGUUCGACACCGCAAAUCCAGGACUGAGUCCCUUGACGGAAUAUGGAAGUCGAAAAACAACACAACUGAUUGAUGUUUGGUUCUCAACUCACCCGCUAUCUUUCCUACUAUCUAAGACGCUAGUAAUGCAUGAGUUACGCGGCGAAACUAUCGAUGAAAUCCUUCUAGCAGUGGUCUUGGCUGAUGCCAACUUCUUCCUUGGCGACGAUGCCGCAGGGGCUCGUGGCCAAGCACUUCUUAACUACGCUACGGCCAAGCUUUCUACACAACGACUUUCCAGAACCCCGGGCUCUCCCACGCUCCAAGCAGGAGCUAGACAAUCUAUUCUACCCCACCCAACCGUUUCCACGGUUCAAGCUUUAACACUCCUGGGAUGGAACGCACUUUGCCAAUCUCAGAUCCGCCGUGCAACUUGCUAUAUUAGUCUUGCGAGCCGCUUGGCUACGGAGCUUAAAAAUCAAAAAUGGUCGGCCACUGCUACCGGAGCCGGCAGCCGUAUCAACGGUAUCGACAUAUGCGAGGUUGAGAAGGAGAUGGUGGCUUACCUGUGGUGGAUUAAUUUCAUACUGACUCAAUGGAUGUCCAUGCAAAUAGACCAACAGCUACCUUACCUUCCUCAGGCCAGUCUAGAAUCGGCAUUCCUUCCUGUGGAUGCUUCAUCAUCCGUCUUGAUUCAAUUAGAUGAGGCUUCAGACAAUUUAUCCACGGUCCAGAGGCAGAAGGCCGCGCUGCUGGAUAUAUGGCCCCUAGUACAUAUUUCGUCGGUAAUCGCGUACAUCUGUGGUCUAUAUCCGCAAGACAUCUCGUCGGCCAAUACACAUGGAGUUGGAUUUUGGCAAGAAGCUCCCGGACGCAUCCACAACGGCUCAAUCCCGCAAAAUCUCGUAUUAGUACAACAGGAAAUUCACCGAGUCUUGGUUGAAAGCAUCCAUGUUUUGGAUGGUAAGAUUAGCUAUGUCCCAUCGCGGGCUCUCGUCCUCGCUGUCUAUCAUACAAUUGCAAUCCAUGUACUUUUCCCAUCUUCAGAGAGAGGGUUUUCCGGAUCGGUCCUUACCGGAGACGUCAUUCACCAGUUUUGCGUUUCUGCAGAUGGGCUUAUCGGAAUCAUCACAUCUGCAUAUGAGCAGACAGCUACCAACGCAUUAAUUCGAGGGCCUCCCCAACUACACCCCUCUUCGGCAGAGAUAUUCACCCUCGCUCUAGACACGUGCGCUCGGGCAUUAUCAACAAUCAACUCAAGGAAAGGGUCAGUUCAUAAUGUCGACAUAUACACAUUGUAUGAAUCCAGACUUCGAGCCCUUGCUAUUCGAUUAGAUGAACUCUCCCAGGACUAUUUCUUCGGUUCUGGAUCUUCUCUCCGGGCUGUGAAGAGACAUAUCAAAAGUUCGGUAAUGGAGUUUGAGAUCGGCUCGCCAGCAAUGAACUACCAUUGGCAAAGAAGGCCAAGUUCUUCGCUUUCUACAAGCUCAGCCUCUGUGAUGGAGCAAGAUCACUAUAUACAUGGACCACCAGCGCUUUCGCCUCCUCGAUCCAUGGGUACGAGUUUAGCUUCAACUCCUCUAUUAUCGAAUAGUUACAGGUCGUUUGUUCCUGAAGGGUUCCAAUCUAGUUCGAUCGAUAAUAGCAACAUCAUGGCGGCGACGGGACCGGAAGCGCACGGGCCAAUUGAACAUCAAUGGUUCCAUUAUGUUGGGAAACAUGAAGACAAUAGCGACGCAUAUAAAACAAGCGGAACGAACAUGCAUACAGUGCAUAUGAGGGAAAUAGAUGAAGCGUCUUGGUAUCAGGACGAACACAACAUUAUGGGAUUUGAUAUUCAUAACAUGGAGUUAAACGGACCAGUCAUCUGGCAGAAUUGGGCGACAACAUCAUAGAGUUAACCGGGGG